GGAAAUGAUGGACAACCAGGAAACCCCGGAGCCCCAGGAGCUCCAGGAACUCUCACCACAGUUCCCGGCACACAAGGACCACCUGGCCCAGCUGGACCACCUGGACCUCCUGGACCCGAUGGUCAGCCAGGAGCCCCAGGAAACCCUGGACAAGAUGGUGGACCAGGACAGCCUGGAGACAAUGGACAACCUGGAGCCCCAGGACAACCAGGAAAUGAUGGAAGCAACGGAGAAGACGGAGAUGCUGGAGCACCAGGCGCCUGCGACCACUGCCCACCUCCUCGCACUGCUCCUGGAUAUUGAUCAACAAAUCCGUUGCUUUUCUCAUAGACAGAAUUUAGUUUCGAUUAUAAAGAUUUUCAGUCAACAACUGUGUUUACUCUUUAUAUCUCGAAUUUCACACUGGUAA